AUGGCGACGUCGCGUCGUCGCCGCGCUCGCCUCGGCGCGCUCGUCCUCGCGUGCGUCGCGGCGCUCGCCGCGCGCGCGCGCGCGAGCGACGUCGACACCGAGUGCGCCGAGGCGCGACGCGCGUGCGCGCGCGACGCGCGACGCGCGAUCGAUUCCGACGCGCGAUUGCAAAAGUUUCUCGCGACGGCGACGCGCGACGCGACGCGCGCGGACGGCGACGCCGCGCUCGGGGCGUCGCGGUACGGAGGAUUCGUCGCGGAUGACGCGCCGAGGCUGGCGUUCGCCGAGCUCGUCGCGCUGGGGUGCUGCCUGUUCGACGGCGAGUGCGCGCGGGACGCGGCGACGCGCGCGGCGAGACGGGGCGACGACGAAGCGGCGGCGACGCGAGACGCGCUCGAGAUCGGCGGCGCGCUUUUGUUUCGGGCGAGCGAGCACGAACACUGGACGAAGAUGCCGGGGAUUGGGACGCUGGGCGCGGACGCGAGGACGUGCGCGGAGGCGACGGGGACGACGAGGUGCGACGACGCGUUGGUGGCGACGUACGUCAAAGCGGGCGACGCGGGAGAUGAGCUCGGGGUGCUGCGCGCGGGAGAUGCGAUGCUGCGAAGGUACGUCGCUGGGUUGGCGACGCGCGUGCAGGGGGAGGGAGCGCGGGAAGAGUGCGACGCGACGCGAGGCGGCGACGUCGGGGACGCCGCGGGCGCGCGAGCGCUGUUCAAGCGACUGUUGACUUCGAAUAGGUUUGAUAAAGUCGCCGCCGAGCGUUUGCGCGAAGUGACGCGCGCGGAAGAGCUUUGGGUCGAUCCCACGCGCGGAGGGACGCCCGAUAAAGCGUAUUUAAUGGCGGAUGCGUUGAUUCGAUUGGCGUCGCGAGGCGCGACGGCGAUCGCCGUCUGCGUCGUUUUCUACGUAUUUAGAAACUUCACAUUCAUCGGCGGUGCGUGGCGAUUCGCGCGCUCAGUGUUUUUAGCGGUAACGGGGAUAAGUUUAGUCACGCGCGUGUUUAAGCGCGUUCGCGCGUUCGUGAAGUGGUUGCGAUGGAAGCCGCCCGUGGUGGACACGCGACAGGCGAGACGCGAGGAGGCUCGAAAAAGUAAGAAGCGAGUGUGA